AUGGCAGGUCCUGAAAUCGUAAGACGUAAUAGUUAUGAUCGUUUGCGAGCAUUGAAUAAUGAUCAAUCAGGAUCAACGUAUAUGUGUGAUUGUGGACAAGAAUAUAUGAGUGAAGAAGCUCUCAAACGACAUCAUCAAACUAAUUGCAGAAAUCGAUCAAUUCAAUGUUCAUUUUGUCAAGAAAUGUUUUCAUCAACUGUUAUACGUGAUCAUUUACUUGCAUGUGGAAAUAAAACUGAUCAAUGUCCACGUUGUCGUCAAUUUAUACGACGUUCUCAUUUUACUUAUCAUUAUGAAAAUAAUUGUGCAUCAAUUGAUGAAAUUGAAACUCCACCAACUCGACCGAAAACUCGAUUAGCACAACAAUAUGCUCCUACUAAUUCUAACAAGCCUAUAUCAAGAGUUGAUAUUCCUAGUAAUGACUAUCCUGAAAAUUAUUCUGAUCAAAAUUCUCCAAGAGGCGGCAAUAGGAGAUCUCCAUUGAUAACAUCAAAUCAAAUUAAUGUACCAAUGACAAUCGAAUGUGAAUAUUGUCAUAAUCGAUGUGUACGAAGUGAUUAUAAAACUCAUAGGGACAUGUGUCUUGAAAAUCCAGCAAAUAUGAAUCGAAAACAACCACCUGUAAUACCAUCAAGGUCAAAUCAAAAUCAAAGCGCUUCACAUGGUAUUGUUCAUAUUCCAUGUGAAAUUUGUCAACAAUUAAUUGAUUUACCUAAUUGGUCAAGUCAUACUCAAAGUUGUCGUGAGAGAGAAAAGCAACGAUUAGAAAGACGUGCAGAAACAAUGAGUCAACAACCUGUUACUGAACAACUUCCAUGUGAAUAUUGUCAACAAUUAGUUUUAGCUAAACAACUUCAUUUACAUGAAAAAAAUUGUGUGAAAAAUCCAGCAAAUACAGAAUCAGCACGUCUUCUUGCUCAACAACGACCUUCACCACCUGUUUUCCUACCAACCAGACGACAAAAUAAUCGAAACCAUCCAAUAUCAUCUAAUAUUCGAUCUCCAAAUAACAAUCGUUUUGCUCAAUAUCAACGUAUUGAUAUUGAUCGUACACAUAUAGCAAAUAGACCAGUUGAUAAUGAUAGAUCUAUAAAUAAUAAUAAUAAAAAUCAAAAUUAUAUACGAAACACAGGAAGUGAUGAAAAUUUAUUACAAUCAAAAAAUUCUUCUCAUCGUGGUCUUAAUAAUGAUAAUCAAUCGAUGAGAUCAAAUGAAUAUCAUUCACAUGAAAAUAUAUCACAACCAUCGAGAGAAGGAUUAUCAAAUGGUAUAUCACAACGUGCAAAAUCAUCUGAUAGCUUACGAAAUAUGCAUGAUGAUCAAAAUCCAAAUAAUAAUGCUGUUAAUUAUCGUCCAUCAUCUCACAAUGAUCGUAGAUAUCAGCAUCAGAUUCAACAUGGAACUAAUAAACUCAAAGUGAUAAACAAUCAUCCUGACCGUCCCACAGUGAAACCGAAAAAACAAUCUGGACUGAAGCGAUUUUUUGGAUGUACAUCUAAACAGAAUGCUAUUGAUUAA